CGUUGAUAGAAACAGAAUUGCAGAGAAACACCAAACAGAGAAUAAUUCUCUGCAAUUAGUCUCCUCUCUUACCAUGGAAGCGCAUCAUGCAUCUUUAGGUCGACGAACGUUGGAAGAAAUUCGUCAAAAACGAGCCGCAGAGAGACUCAGCAAGACUUCUUCAGGACCAGAUCUCACCCAAGUUUCUUCAAUUCCUAUUAACGAUAUCUCUGGAAUGAGAAAAUCGGAGAGCGGGAAUCGACUCUCUGAGACCGAUGUUAGUGGCUUAGUAUCUCAGCUGAAAGAUAUGCAAAAUAAGAAUGUGGAAUUGGAAGAAAGAAACAACAUUUUGUCCUCAAAGCUUCAAACAACAGAAGCAGAAAAUGGGAUUAUUCAGUCACGGCUGAAUGAGCUGGAACAAAACACUGUACCAUCUUUGAGAAGAGCUCUGAAGGAUGUUGCAAUGGAGAAAGAUGCAGCCGUCGUUGCACGGGAGGAUCUUUCAGCUCAACUUCGCACUCUCAAAAAACGUCUAAAAGAAGCAGAAGAAGAACAGUACCGGGCUGAGGAAGAUGCUGCAGCCUUGAGAGCGGAACUAAACUCGUUACAGCAACAAGCAAUGAGUGGUCCUCCUGUUGGAAUAACAUCUAUGGGAAUUUCACCUAUGGGAAUUUCACCUGAUCAUAUCCAAACAUUAGAAAAGGAAUUGGCUUCUUUAAAAUAUGAAUUACAGCAAGAGUUACAAUUGAGACAGCAAGAGCAACAACGAGCAACAGAAGAGCAAGCUCGAAUUUCUGUGCUAAUAUCCGAAAAGCAGGAAUUGGAAGAGAAACUUGCUGCAAGCUCCAGAAAAGCCUCAGAAGAAGAUAAAGCAGUUCACAAGACAUUUUCACUGGAAGACAAAGAGAAACUUGAAAAGCAAUUGCAUGAUAUGGCUGUAGUGGUUGAGAAACUAGAAAGUAGCAGACAGAAACUUCUAAUGGAGAUUGAUAGUCAAUCUUCAGAGAUAGAGAGGCUUUUUUAUGACAAUUCUAAUCUCUUGUCUACUUAUCAAGAGGCAGUGGGCAUAGCAAAACACUGGGAGAAUCAGGUCAAAGACUGCCUUAAGCAAAAUGAAGAACUCCGUGGAAUUCUAGAUAAGUUAAGAACUGAGCAGGCUAGUCUAGUGUCUAUGAAUGAAAAGAAUAUCCUGAGAGGUUCGUCAGAAAUCUCGAAUGAUCCUGUCAGCCAGAAUGGUUCACCAGAGUUUCUGUCCCUUAAGGGCCAGCUUGCACAAGAACAGAGCAAAGCAGAGGCAUUAUCGGCUCAGGUAUUGCAGCUCUCAGCAGAACUUCAGCGAGCCACACAAGCAUAUAAUGGACUUGCACGGCUGUAUAAACCAGUACUACGGAAUAUUGAAAGCAGUCUCAUUAAAAUGAAACAAGAUGGUUCUUUAACUGUGCAAUAAACAGAGGGGCCAGUUUUGUGUCAACAUUCUCCAUGGAUGCUUUUGUGCUACCAACAUAUACAAUUUUGUAAAAGAUUUAAUUUGAUCACACAUUCUUUAUUCAAUUUUAAUGAUUGUGUAGCUUUAUAGUGUUACAAUUGGUGUUUCAACCCCUACAAACAAAGAAUAGAAAACAUUGUUAAACGGCAUGUAGUGGAAGAGAGGUAAAUCCUGAUUCCUUUUAUGAGAAAUUAAUUGAUUUGAGUC